UGACGCCAACCCAAGCUCAAAUUCCUCAUCAAAACAUGAAUGAACCAUAGAGGGAAGGGAAAGGAGAGGAAGGAACGGCUCCAAAGGCUCACUCACUGCAUGGUGGGUUGGUUCCAAUACCUGGCUGCUCGAAAUCGAGCCUUGAACAUUCCUGAGUGACAUAAACCUCCAACCCUCCAUUGAUGGUUCAAUACUCGUCGUAGUAUUCCCGUGGCUCCGGAAUCAUGUUCAAGAACACGUUCCAAUCGGGCUUCUUGUCCAUCUUGUACAGCAUUGGUUCAAAACCGUUGCAGAUUUGGGACAAGAAGGUGCGCAACGGUCACAUCAAGCGAAUCACGGAUCCUGACAUCCAGUCGUUUGUGUUGGAGAUCGUGGGCACCAAUGUGUCCACUACGUAUAUCACGUGUCCGGCGGAGGCCAAGAAGACUCUGGGCAUCAAGUUGCCUUAUCUCGUCAUGAUUGUCAAGAACAUGAAGAAAUACUUCACCUUUGAAGUACAGGUAUUAGACGACAAGAAUGUCCGCCGACGGUUCCGGGCCUCGAACUAUCAGUCCACGACACGGGUCAAGCCCUUCAUUUGUACCAUGCCCAUGCGUUUGGAUGACGGGUGGAACCAAAUCCAGUUCAAUUUGGCGGACUUCACUCGUCGAGCCUACGGCACCAAUUAUGUGGAGACACUGCGAGUUCAGAUUCACGCCAAUUGCCGCAUUCGGCGGGUGUAUUUCUCGGAUCGACUUUAUUCCGAAGAGGAACUGCCGGCCGAGUUCAAGCUCUAUCUUCCCGUUCAACAGAAGGCCAAUAGUGCGGCCUUGGCGCAACAUCAUCAGGAUAGUACGGGGUCUUCAGGCGGAGGGGGUGCAGCUCGUUUGGCCGAUUCUGCGGGUGCGGGGGUUAUGGCCACCCAAGACUAACUUCGAUUCUCUCAUAAAAAGCACCUUGUACAUAAUCAUUUCCAAUAAACACGCCACGUUUGUCAAACACA